AUCCAUUGAUUACUGAAGUUGUCUUUUUUUUCAGAUAUAUGAAGGUAAAGAUCUUUUAAUAACUCGUGGUCGAGAUAUUUAUGAUUUUGCAAGAAAAACAUUGAACAUUUUAUAUACACCAAAAGAAUUAAGUACUUGUAUUUUGCCACCGGCUAGGCGUCAUUUAGCACGACCGGCUUUAGAUCCGGAACGUUUCAAUUUAUUUCAUGGUACGUAG